AUUAUUCAAGAAAAUAAUAAACAUUUUUUUAGAUCUUUCUUCUUCAUUUCAGUUUUUAACAUGGUAUUAGAGCUAUAAGCUCCUAGUUCUUUUUUUUUCAUCUAUCAUCACUGUUUGGUUUAUGAGUUGGUUUUUCACAUCUAUUCCGGAUCUGAAACUUUGUCAUUGGGUUCUCUUCUCUUUCUAAUUGAAUUGUUUAUUCUCAGGCACUUUCUAAGAGAUUUUUUCAAUAUUGUGAGUUCUACUGAUUCUAUGGCGAGUUUUGAAAGAAUUGUGACUCAUCCUACUGCUGCAAUGGUUGCCAAAGAGGUGAUAGACCAACAUAUUGUCAACCCUGAAUCUAUAAAACAGGUGAUAUUAAAUCUUCUUAAUGCUCCUACUGCCUUAUCUACUGCUCCAGGACCCAUAGACAGGACAACUUCUUGGAACUUGUCACAAGAUACAUUUGACGAGCUCCAUGAUGCCUCUCCACAUGCUCCACCUAGUUCUAUAGAAGAUGCUUUGCCUAUUGUUUAUCUUCCUGCUGGAAAGCCUCUAGUAGGUUGUAAAUGGGUGUAUAAGAUCAAAACUCGAUCUGAUGGUUUUGUGGAGCAUUACAAGGCUCGUUUGGUUGCUAAAGGAUUUACUCAGGCAUAUGGGAUUGAUUAUGAGGAAACCUUUGCACCUGUUGCUCAUCUUACUUCAGUUCGUAGUUUGAUUGCUAUUGCUGCUGCAAAAGGAUGGAAAUUGUUUCAGAUGAACAUGAAAAAUGCCUUCCUAAAUGGUGAUCUUGUAGAGGAUGUUUACAUGCAACCACCUCCUGGGCUUGAGCAUCCUCCAAACAAAGUUUGUCAAUUGAAGCGAGCUCUAUAUGGUUUGAAACAAGCACCUCAAGCUUGGUUUGCCAAGUUUAGCACCACCAUCAAUGAAUUUGGUUUUACUUCUAGUCCUCAUGAUACUACGUUGUUCAUACGCAAGACUAAUUAUGGUAUGGUCACUUCUUCUGAUGAUGGUUAUAUUCUCUCUCAAACAAAAUAUGCCUCUGAUCUUAUAUCUAAAGCUGGACUCACUGACAGUAAGAUUGCAUCUACUCCUCUUGAGCCAAAUGUUCAACUUACAUUUAUGGAUGGUUCUCCAUUAGUUGAUCCUACUUGCUACAGACAAUUGGUUGGAAGUUUGAUUUAUCUCAUUAUAACGCAACCAAACAUAGCUUAUGUAGUUCAUGUUAUUAGCCAGUUUAUGGCUACACCUCGCUCCAUUCACUAUGCAGCAAUAGUUCGCAUUAUUCACUAUAUUAAAAGUACCAUUUUUCAUGGACUUCACUUUUCUACUCAUUCAUCUCUUGAACUCCGUGCUUACACUGAUGUUGAUUGGACUAGAGACUCUGAUGAUCGUAAAUCAACCAUUGGCUAUUAUCUUUUUCUUAGUGAUUCCUUAAUCUCUUGGUGUAGCAAGAAGCAAACAGUUCCAUCAUGUUCUAACACAGAGGCCGAAUAUCUAGUACCUGGAGACGCCACAUCAAAGUUACUUAACUUACAUUGGUUACAAGAAGAUACGGGUAUUCCUCAACCACCUGCUACUAAUCUUUAUUGUAACAAUCAGAGGGCCAUGUAAAUUGCUCAUAAUGAUGUCUUCCAUGAACACACUAAACACAUUGAGGUCGAUUAUUACUUUAUUCACCAUUAUGUUGCACAAGGAACCAUUCAUUUGGUUUUCAUUGGCUUCGCUGAUCAACCAGCAAACCUUUUCACCAAGGCUCAUUUUCCUGAACGUUUUCGUACUCUUCUUUUCAAACUCAAGUUGGUUUCAUCGCAACCACCUUGAGUUUGAGGGGGAAUGUUAAGAUGUGAACACAUUUGUUAUAAAUAUUUUAUACCUUA